CACCUCUGGUGAGUGGUUGUUUAUUUUACAUUUAAUUGCAUAAUUUGAACUGUUUCGAUUUGAGAACAAUAACAUUCGCCAAUAUCACAAAUUCAAUAUAUAGAACACAUUUAUUCAUUUGAUAUGAUGAGAUGAUAUAUAUUUAUAAAUCACAUUUUUAUAAAUGUGAGUUGGUAUUUACACAAUAUAAAUAAACUUCUGUUGAUGCUGAAACUGUGAAAGAUUGGAUGAUUUUUGUAGGGAAGUGUAGUUUAUUGUAUUGGUACAGUAUAAAAACUCCACAAUUAGCAUGUACUUGAGUAAAGGUAUUUUAUUUCUAUUUUAACAUAGAUUUAAUUAUUUUAGAUAGAUAGUGAGUGAAGCAGACUAGGGGUUUGGGAUAGGGACGCACUGGCACUGCAAGGCAUGCCGAGGCCAAGUGGGGAAGUGAUGCACUGGAAUAGAUAGAUUUCCUGUCUAAGAGAUCUCGUUAGAGCAAUGAAGGGCACUUCGAUUUGAUCUAUUUUGUCAAUGAAAAGUAAAAACUCUAAGUGACAUAUGGGGGAAAAGUACAGUCUGCACAUGUUUUCUUGAGCUGGAUGAAUAAAAUGACCAACAAAGCAAGUUGAUUAAUAACAUUUAAAAAUUUUGUUACUAACACAUAUAUCUUUUUAUAUUACAGUUUUAUAUUAGUAGAUGAAAAUAUAUCUUCCAUAAAAAUUUUAAACUCAAUUAUGCUUCAUGUUUUUUCACCUCAGCAGGUGAAGCAAAUGCAGUUACUAGUGUUUGUGUAAAUCACAUUUAUGCAAAACCCAGGUAACACCAUGUAGGCCAGUUUUCUAAUAGAGGAUUUGCUACAAAUGUCUGAGCAAUGCUGGGUUUCUGAAGUUAGUAAAUAAAUAUUGUAAUAAAAAUCAACCAAUUUUUAAGCUCCUACAUAUCUUUAAAGGCACUUCACAUUAAAACAUUUUCAUUCAUUAGAUUUUAAACAUACAAUAUAAAUUUAAACUUCAAUGAUUUAACAGUAUUUAAAUUAAAGCCUUACCUAAAUAUUUUUUUCCACAUAAAAUGAAAUAAUAAAAAGGUAAAUGAGAGUAUUGUGUAACGAACUUUGUGAAAUGUUGCCUCGAAACAAUACACACAGCAUUAUGGCAGCGUAUGAAUUAAGUUUUGAGUUUUGUUUUGUUUGUUCACAUACAUUUUAAAAUGGUGCAUAUUAGCUGCUAAAUGGUCCAUAUUAGCAUAUACAUGCAGCCAGAGUCGGCGAUUGGUGAUAAGUUCGAGUGGGUAGAUGACCCGGGGGGAGGGUGGCUACCCUCUCCAUUAUCCACCAAAAAUGUAUAUGAAGGGAAAAUUACAAAACAUAUUUUUCAAGUUAUCACAUUUAUUUAAUGUAACUUAAGCAGAUAAUUUUUGAAAAAAUGCAAAAACUACUCUGCGCUUUUUUUAUAUAAACUCAUUUAACAAUUUGCAUUGAUUUGUCGCAUCGUCUUUAUGAAAAAAAAGCGCAAUUGAUCCGAUCUUGCACCAUAGUAGAUCGCAUUAACCUUUUAGGUCGACGUAAUACCGAGAAAUUUCGUUAAUUUCUGGAAUCUGACGCUUAUGGAAUAUUUCUUACCACAAAUUCCGAGUGGGUAUUUCACCCACUCUGAAGUUUUCGUGUGGGUAUACCCACCAUACCCACAUCAUCCGCCGGACCUGCAUGCUACUACUUAUCCAAUCCUACAUCCAAGACGAGCUGCGAAAGUACAGACGUAUUUAUAAUACUCUAAGUUAGUACAGAUCUCAGCAGGAACGCGUUGAAGACAAGUUUUCGAGGUUGCCUUCGGACAUCCUUGGAACGUUACGGUAUCUCUGCUUGCUCUUCUCUCAUGUUGACAGGGUUGACGGAUGUGAGAAACAAUUGACGGGGAAAGCGCGGUGCGGAGAACACUCCCCGUUCGGUUCUGUUCCUGAUUCUGAAUGAGAUUACUGCUCUGAAAUAGCUACCAGAUGGUUAAUACGAUUUUUAAUUGAUUCAAUUUGUGUCAGACAAUUGUAAAGACAAAAACAAGAGUGAUUGGUGUGAUUAUCUAUAUAAUAGUUAGUUUGGGUAUUUUUAAAAAAUGUACCAAUUCAGUAACAAAAUUUAGUGGCCGUAUAAUUGGUGUAGGAUUACCUGUGCUAUUCUAUGCAGUAUGACAAAUAAUCGAGCUGAUAUGUAUCCCAAUCAAGUGCAAGUGGGCAUAAACGAUACACCGUUAACGGUUGCUCUUGUGAAAGGCGAUUAUAAGACCGCAGAAAAAUUGAUAAUGGAAAACUUUGAAGACGGGUAUUUGGAUGAAGGUCCAUUUGAGAAAAUUCCUCUUGCUCUAGUUCUCUCAGGUGAUCAUGCCAUAAGCACAACUCGUCAUCUACGUUUAGCUAAAUUACUUGUGGAGAGGGGUGCAAAUGCAAAUUUGCGGAUUCCCCAGGCUGAGUGGCAAGGAGCUAGCCCAAGCCCUAUGGAGUAUUUGGUUGACUUAUAUAUGCGAGUCAAAGAACUCUGUAGAUAUGGAGAAGCUGAAUUAACUGGUGAUGAAAUUGAUACUAGCCCACUAAAUGCUGUAGGAUUGCAUGAUGAAGAACAAUUAACCCCUUUAGAAAUGAAGGAACAGCUGCUAGAACUAUUAGAUAUUUUCCUUGAAUGUGGUGGAAAUCCAAAUGUGACUACUACACAAUCAAAUUCCACGUUGUACCAUUAUGCGUUGUUAGAUGCCGACCCUGAUAUUAAUUUCGUUAUGAAAUUGUGUGAAGCAGGUGGUGACUUAAACCAGACAAAUGUUCAUGGCACAACUCCUCUUAUGGACCUAGUCACAUAUGCGGACUGUGACUCUGCACUUGAAAUAUUAUCUAAAAUAUGGGAAAAAAGACCUGAUAUUUCAUCACUCGAUGCCCAAAAUUGCUCAAAUGAAACUACAUUGUGGCGUGCUAUGCUUGCAGGAUCCCCCCAGCUAGCUAUUGAAUUAUUGGAGAGAGGUGCCGACCCAACUCCUCGAGCAACUGUUGCUUGUGGGAAAUGGCAUAGGGGGAAAAAGUACCUUUAUUCUUAUGCUCGAGAAACAGUAAAAUCUGGAUUGUCUGCAAUUUUUGCUCCUCUUCUUCAAAAUUCAUCUCCAUAUUUACAUUAUGCUACAGCUUGUCAGACAACCCUUCCUGGAUAUGAGUUUCAAACUUGUGACUUUAACAUAGACUUAUUCAACAAAGUUAUGUCAUCAGCAGUGUAUCCAGUUAUUGACAGCACAUACUUUUGCGAGUGCUUCCCAGAAAAAAUAUUGCUGGAACUGCAAAGUGUGUUGGAGAGUGAAACUAAGUUUAAUAUGGAUGCUAUGGUGCCGCAAGCUUUGAAACAUGAUGAUGUUGCAGUUCUUAUGUUUGGCAAUGUUAAAGCAGGCCUGCAACAACUGUGUGUCCGUAGAAUUAUUCAUAGAGUAUUUUUUGAAAAAACACCACGGGCAGCAAGUGAGCUCAUUGGAAAGCUGAAGAAAGUGCCUGAAGUUGUCAAGCAUCUCUAUGAACAAGAAGAAAAUUGUGAUGAAGAUAGCUCUGUUGAUUUUGAUAAAGAAUAUCGUAAGGAUUUUGCACGAAAGUUUGAGGAUAUUGUUGAUGAUUGGGAAGUAGUUCAAGAGCUCACACCAUCAGCUAUUCAGUGCUUGGUUGAGGAACAAUUACAAUUACCGUUCCAGUUUACACCAAGAUUUCAAAUAGAAGCUGCAAGACUACAAUUUGGUUCCUGUUUGUAUACACUUGAGAGCAUAGAUUGCCUCCAAGGGUGUGAUGGUGAUUCAGAUGCUAGUACGGAUAACUUACUGGAUGAUGAUAUUGAUGAGGAUGAAGAUGACGAUGAUGAUGAGAGCAGUUGGGAUGGAAAUUUAUGGAGAGAGGUUUUAGAAGGAGAUCUUUUGGGUUAUGAUGAUGAAGAGGACAUGGAUUUCAGUUCCUCUGAUGUAGAAGAGGAACUCAAAACCAAAGAUGAAGAUAGUGUCAGUAUAAAGGAAGAUAAUAAUACCCCCUAUGAGAGUAGCAAUGAAUCUGGUGAGGCUGUUCCUCAGAACAUAUGUCGAGAACAGUAUGAAUCAUUUAAUGAUGAUACACAAUGUGAAGAUUCAUCACCAGUUACUGACAUGGACGUUGGAGAUCGAGAAAAUUCCCAACAAUAAUGUCAGAAUUUUACACACAAUUACCAUAUUAAUUUAAUGUUUAAUGUGGUCCAUGAAGGCUGUGAUAAUGAGAAGGUUCAAUAUUGUAAAAGGCAUAUAGUAUAAAGUAACUAUGAGCUCUGUAUCAUGUUCGUUCCUCUUCAUUUCAUUUCACCAUUCCAUGUUUGUCAAAACAUUCUUUAAAACAAUAUUGAAGAGCCCUCCAGUAAUUGUAGUAGAGUUCUCCUACAGAAAAUUGUUUCAAAUCUGUUUUCCUUUUUGCAGCAUCAGGACAGUGUAACAGGGAUGAGGGCAAUGAAAUGGAAUAUUCCAUGUUGAAAUGUAUUUGAAAUUGUAAACUUUACAAUAAAAAGAUAUAUAAUUCACUAUACAGAAAUAUUUGGUGAAAUGUGUCACCUCCUGAAAUUAGUUUUUAAACGUUUGCCUGGAAACGAAUUCUUGUUCCUUUUUCCAAACUUUUUUCUCCAUCUUUCUGAAUUCUUUUUGUGAUUAUGAACUUUAUGUUUAAUAAGAGUUUUCACACGAUGUCUUAUCUCGUCAAAAUUAUUUAUGUACUCUUCGUUUCUAAAACUGAUGAAUUCAAGUCCCUCUGAAAGCAAAAAUUAAAAUAUUAGUGGUGAACAACUUGGGGGUUGCAAUACAUGAGAAUAACCACAUUAGAACAGAACUAACGGAACUUUUCAAGCCCUUCUUCAGCCAACAUGCUGGUAGAAUAACUGUUAACAAUGUUCAUGCUAAAAAAAAAAAUCCGGAAAAAGAAA